AUGGAAACAGAGGAUGGCAGUCUCUUCUUCCCCGGCUCGACUGCCUCGUCACAUCGACCCAGCAGAUGGGGCCCACAUCCACUAAAAGCACAAGAUUGUUUGUGUGUGCGCAAAUUCAUCAAUUCGCAUGGUCUGACGACGACGGCUUUGGUUGUGUCUGUGCAGGACGCGGCGACGCAGCUGGAUCAGCUGGACAGCGCGACGGCCUACAUCAAGCAGCUCAAGGCCCGCAUCGACCACCUCAAGCGCCGCAAGCAGGCCGUCUUCUCUGGCGGCACCGCUGGCUGCUCAUCUUCAGUCUCCGCCGGCGACUACAAGGCACAGACGGCCGCCCUGCCGGUGAUCGAGGUUCGGCACCAGGACGGAACGCUGGACGUGGCGCUGGCGAGCGAGGCCGGGCGGCCGUUCCGGCUGCACCAGGUGAUCGCCGUGCUGGAGCAGGAGGGCGCCGAGGUGGUCAGCGCCAGCUUCUCCGUCGUCGGCGAUAAGAUCUUCUACACGCUCCACGCCCAGGCGCUCUGCCCCCGCAUCGGCCUCGAGGCCGGCCGCGCCGCCCACCGGCUCCGCAGCCUCGCCGCAGCAGCCGCCGUCUCGUCGUCGGUCCUCCUCACAUGAUCUCUCUCUUUGUUGCUUUUUCAUCAGUCGCGGCAGCUUAGCUUAGCUUCGUACUGCUCUACUUUGCUCGUGAGUGAGCUUCAGGUUUGUUUGAAAUCUACUAGUGUAGCCAUGUAGUACCUGCAUAUCUCCUCCUUUGUGAAGAUGUGAGAUAUUUUACAAACAGUAACCAGUCAUGCUUUAAAUUUGCUACGCUGCUUUCGAAUCUAUCAUAUUUCAAUCCCUAGAUCCAUACAAAGCGUGUAAAAUAAAGAGUGAAUUCCGGUUUUUACCCCCUAUUUUGACUUUUUUGACACUAAUUACCCCAUUUAGCGGGAUUUCAUCCGUUUUACCCCAUUUAGCACAAGUGUUGCCACAAUUUACCCUCUUUUAAAUUUUGCGUGCGUUCUGACCUACGGGUCACAAUUUGUCAGGUCUAGCUGGCAUGCCACGUCAACGGGUUUUUUCUGUCUAUUUUUUUCCCUACUAAACUCAUUUCCGGUUUGAAGUAUUCUGAUGGGACGAUUGUACUUGAUCAGCAUGUCAUAUUACCAUUGAAUAAAUUAUAGGAGAAAUUGUUACCAAUAUAAUCUAAAAUCAUGUAUGUUUUUCUUCAGUUAUCAUAUAUGGCCUUAAGUAUGGAUGGUUCUGUAGAUUAGAUUAAAGUGGUGUAAAUAUACUACUUUACUAACUCUGAUGCACCUACAUAUCUAAAUAUCUAGGUAGCAAAUAUGUUGACUGAAGAGUAUGUGUUGUUACUUGCUAGCUGUAAAGGAAGUUUGGAUCUUUGUAUCUUAUGAUGCAUGCUGAAACGUGUUCGUUCACCGUAUUAGAGUAUAUUAUGAUUGCAGCCACUAAUUCAUUUUUCUUUUUCUUGCACAAAGCGGAUGGCAACGGAGAUGUAGAGUGUUAGGCAUAUUUUACAUGUCUGUAGAUAAAAGAAUCU